AUGCACCUCAAGGCAAUAAGCCGAACACAAUUCUUCAUCUUACCGUAUCACACACUUUUGCAACUGCGAUGUGAGUGGACUUAUGCCAAAUUCUCUGCCCGUACAGUGAAUUAUCCGCUCUACGCAGACACAAGCAACAUCUUCUGCCUAGACACCAGGAAUCGAAACCACUGUAGUAAUAAGCUUGCAACAAAACCUAAACGGUGCCCAUCUCAAUGUCGACGCGCCGUGCACAAUCCACACAGGAAAACUAAAAGGAUGUUACAGCUGCACCGCAUGGAAGUCAAAUUGAUAUCUCAUUUUACAGCCCGGUUCCAUCUUGGACAACCAUUGUCUGCGCGCAUCAUAUAUUCUCCAUCGAAUUGGAAAAUCGCAUUUGAUAAAGCGGUAGUCUCCUCACAUUGCUUCACAAUCUGUGGCAAUAAAAAUAUUUCAGUAGAAUUCAGCGGUAUCCUAUAUUACUACGCUGGUGAGAGUCUCGAGGAUAUAUUCCUUGCCAAUGUGACACAGACAAUCCCUCAAACAGAGUAG